AUGGCUCCAGAGUUUUCUUGGUCGUCUACUGUGCAGAUCUUCGGAUCCGAUUCACUUACCAAAGAUCCUGUAGGCUAUUUCCAAGGCACAUUGUCGGUGAGCAGCGCCCUAUCGCGAAAGGAGGAAAUGUCCGACAGCCCGCUGAACAUCAUUAAUAUUCGAGAUGUGCCGAUCCUCUCGUUAGCAAUGAGAGCUGACCAAGUUGAAGGAACAGCGGAGGAAUCGGAAAUUCGCGACGAGCUACACCAGAUGUUGCUCGGCUUCCACCUCCCGCAAUUGACCAGUCUUGAGACUCCCGUAGACACAGAGUUCCGGUCACUCACGGGAACGACCACUGGUCGACCAAUCUGUGCUCUCGAGACGACAGCGAAAAACGUGAAGCACUUUGGCAAGUUCUUCGAGGAGUUGAUGGUGCUGCUUCGUGGAAGCGUUGGCCCAAAGACAGAUCCUGAGCAGCAGGACAAAUGCCACGAGUCGCUAGUUCUUCACUUCGAUCAGUUCUGUUUUCCCCUGAGAAGCAAUCCCUUUGCAUUUGGCUUCCUCAAAGAGAUUUCACGCACUUUGCCUCAGCCUCAGCCCACAGCUGCUGGGUACGGCUAUGAAGGAGAUGGAACGAUUUUGCGCCACGAACACGGUUGUCAGGCAGCUUCAGGAUGUGGAAUAGACUCGCCCGAAUUUUUACAUAUUGUACAUCUCCCUAAUAAUUAA